CUCACCCCACUCCUUCCCGCGUCGUUCUUUCUCCAGAAGGCAUGGCUGUGGGGUACCGCUUCUUGGGUGUCGUCAACUUCGUGGUCUUCCUCUUCUCCCUCUCGAUCCUCGUCGGCGGCAUCGGCCUCUCCGACUGCGACAACCUCGUCCAGCGUCCCAUCAUCGCCAUCGCCGCCGUCCUCAUGGCCGCCUCCCUCGUCGCCACCGCCGCUGCGUGCUUCCGUGCCUCCCGCCUCUUCUGGCUCUCCCUCCUCGCCAUGCUCGUCCUCAUCCUCGUCCUCUGCGGUCUCGCUGUCUUCGGCUUCGUCGUCGCCGGCGACGACUACUUUAAGUGGCGCGAGGACAGGCUCGCCGGCGACAAGAACUGGGCCAGGACCCUGAGCUGCGUCCGGAGGAGCCCCGAGUGCCGGAUUUUGCAGGAGCAGGACCCGCAGAGCUUGAACGAUUUCAACGAUUUACCGAUCACGCACAUUCAGUCUGGAUGCUGCCUUCCACCCAUGGAAUGUGGAUUUGUCUUCCAGAGUGUCACUCUCUGGACUAGCCCAACCAACUCCACUAUGAACAAUGCUGACUGCGGUACAUGGAAAAAUGAUCCUUCCAUCCUCUGUUAUGACUGCCAGUCUUGCAAGGCCGAAACUGUUACGAGUAUCAAAAAUGACUGGAAGGAGACAUCGAGGAGCACCACCAUUUCUUUAAUCUACAUCAUUGUCAUAUUUGCUUUUGGAGGCUUCAUCUUUCUUACGGGCGAUGACCCUGCAUUGGAUAAAUACUCUUAUUAGAGGGCUGACAGGUUUUUGACUUUUGAUAUUAGUUUUUGAAUCGUUAAUUGUACAUUCCCUUUGCUGACUGAUGGUCCAUUUAGGUUAUAUCUGGUUGCUCGAUCUUUCAUGCCUUUGGCAUUGUGUUGGCUAGGAGCACUAUUUUUUGUUAUAAUUUUACUCAUUUAUAUUACAGUUGCAAGGAGUCUUUUCUACAAUGUUGUUUAGCA